UUAAUACAGAACAAAUAGCAUUAGCCAUUGAGAGGUCAUUAUCUGUUAGAAUGGUUCGUAGCGUAGUGAAGCAUGUAAGUGACAGAACAUAUAAUCUUGAAAUUUACGAAAAUAGUGAAAUUGAUGAUAAAAUAGCUUUUGAACAGUAUACAAAAUUAACAGAACUGGAGGCAGAUGAUGAAAAUUAUGUAAUGAAAGAUGUGUUGAGAGAACAUGAAAUUAUAAGUGAAAUGCUUAACAAGAAAAGAGGCCAUGAUAUAGAUAAUGCUGUAGAGAUAGAAUAUAUUAAUGGAGAAUGUGAUCCAAG